AUCUCUGAAAGCGGCACAGGUUUACAAGGCUGAGCGACAGAAUUCCAUAGUAUUCUUUAUUUUCUUUCCACUCCAAGUAAUUAAAGAAAUAUCAUAAUGUCGAUUGUGAAAAAUGCUCGCCUGUUGGCUGCACGCGGUGCACGCCUGGCCCAGCAACGCAGCUACUCCGACGAGAUGAAGCUGACUUUUGCGGCUGCCAACAAAACCUUCUUCGAUGCGACUGUUGUGCGCCAAAUCGAUGUGCCCUCCUUCAGCGGUGCUUUUGGCAUUCUGGCCAAGCAUGUGCCCACGCUGGCUGUGCUUAAGCCUGGUGUGGUGAUGGUCACUGACAAUGACGGCAAACUGACCAAGUACUUUGUGUCCAGCGGCUCCGUGACUGUCAACGAGGACUCGUCCGUGCAGGUGCUUGCCGAGGAGGCUCACAAUGUUGAGGACAUUGAUGUCUCAGAGGCCAGACAGCUGCUUUCCAAAUAUCAGUCACAGAUGAGCUCUGCCAGCACCGAUAAGGCCAAGGCGGAAGCUGCCAUUGCCAUUGAAGUAGCUGAGGCUCUAGUUAAAGCUGCCGAAUAAAUGCAAAAAAUAAUAACUAUAAUUAUCUUAAAAAACAACCACAACAACAUCCACAACAACAAGCUGCUUGCAAUUGUGUUUAAAAUAAUUAAAACUUAACAAAUGCUUGUAGAUGCUUAAGCCGCACACUACAAAAAUUUGUUAUGAAACAAUAAAAACAACAACAUCAACGUA